AUGGGACCGGAUACGCCUCUACCUCUUCCAGCCGAAUUCACAAACACCGACGAAUACGUCGAGUCACUGCUCGAAUUUGCAACUUCCUCAUGGCUGCUCCAGACAUUAUGCGGCGGUGUCCACAUUUUGGACUUUUAUACAAGGUCACCUGACCUUUACUCGCACAUCUUGCCCCAAACAUGGAGGGAUUGGUUCAAGACACGCGACAUCAUGGAUAUUUUGGAUUUGCUCAUGAGAGAGGACCUUGGCCAGUUUGAUGUGAAGCAACCAGGUGUCUCUGAAAAUUGGCGAGAUGGGUCACCACCGCCACGGGAGCUGCUAGAUUACAUUAAGACGGUUCGGAAGCACUUGCUGGCACGCGACUUUCCUCCGCCCAACUCAAACAUCACAGCUGGGAAGCCUGCGAUACCACGCCAUAUUGCCAUGGGCAUGAAAGUCAAGAAGGUGCACGAGGUCGAUAACUUUGCACGCUACAUUGAGAGACUGACUGCUGAGAUUGAGGCCUCUAAGAAGAAGCCCAUCACGCACCUCGUGGAUUUUGGUUCUGGUCAGAAUUACCUUGGACGUGCUCUUGCUGCAGCGCCCUAUUCCAAACACAUUGUCGCAGUGGAGAGUAAGCAACACAACAUUGAGGGUGCCAAGAACAUGGACAUGUUGGCAAAGCUGGUGCCCAAACCUAUCGUUAUGAGGAACAAGAAGGAGUACAGGGCCAAAAUAGGCAAAGUCAAGAAAGGCAAGGAGAAUGGGGUCAAUACCUCUACUGCGUCGUCCAGCGCAGAUGCUCUGGCACAGGGAGAAGAUGCACAAGCAGACUCACAAACAAAUGAAAUCACAUCAAGCCCGCCUACCGAACAUGAACCAAUAUACAACGAGGGUCACGGUAGUGUCCAAUAUGUCGAGCACAUCAUCAAAGACGGCGACCUCACGCCAGUCAUCGACCAGGUUCUGGAUACCACUCGUGUACCCGAGGAAGCUGUUACACAAGACAGUGCUGUGGUUGCUGAAGCUACAAACUUGGAUGCGGUGCCUAAACCUACUGAUGUGAACGCCAUGGUAAUUUCACUUCAUUCAUGCGGCAACCUAGUACAUUAUGGGCUGCGUUCCAUGAUGCUCAACGCUCACAUCUCAGCCGUAGCCAUGGUGGGCUGUUGCUACAACUUGCUUACUGAACGUCUUGGUCCGCCAACGUACAAGCUGCCUACACUGCGUGCAAACCAUCCGCGCCUGGAGUCCACAUCCAGUGCUUUCGACCCCAACGGCUUUCCAAUGUCAGAAAAGCUCGCAAAUUACCCACUUCCAUAUGCCCCUCUUGAUUCGCGCAGUGGCGAGACAGCUGAACAACCUAAAGGGGUUCGACUCAACAUCACUGCCCGCAUGAUGGCCGUACAAGCACCGUUCAACUGGGGUCCUGUCGACUCAGACCUGUUUUUCACGCGUCACUUCUUUCGAGCACUGCUUCAGCGCAUCUUUCUUGAUCGUGGCGUAGUCUCGGCGCCCUUACACGAUCAAGGUCUCACUGGCAGUGCUGUGUCAGCAAACGGUCACACGUCGCAAGUAAACUGGACACCACCCAAUGGCCGUGGCCCUGGUCUCUCUUCAGACGGCACUACUACGCCUCUCACAAUUGGAACACUGCGCAAGUUCGCCUACAGCGAUUUCGUCUCAUACGUUCGCGCCGCAAUAGCAAAACUUACGGCUGAUAACUCCUUUUGUGAGAUCGAUCCCAAUUUCAUCAAGGAAAAGAUGGACGGUUUGACAGAUGACGAUAUUCGGGACUAUGAGGUCAGGUAUGCGGAGAGGAAGAAGGAGCUGAGUGUCAUGUGGAGUCUUAUGGCCUUCAGCGCAGGUGUGGUCGAAGCCGUCGUGGUAACGGAUCGGUAUCUAUGGCUAAAAGAGCAGGAAGAGGUUGAGCACGCAUGGGUCGAGCCCGUCUUUGAAUAUAAGCAUAGUCCACGCAACUUGGUGGUGGUAGGCCUCAAGAAAUAA